AUGGACAUUAUAAUUGAAGACUGCAGUAACUUGGAGUCUGACGAAUCGGAGGUCACGUGUCAAGAGACUUGCAGUGUUCUAAGCGAUGACGAUGGAUCAGGAUCAACUACACAUAAACAACAACAACAACAGAGUACGAUUAGUAAAAUGGAAGGAUUGGCAAUGUGCAAGGUGUGUCUAGGACAGACACCUCGUUAUAAUAAGCAUUGUCAUCUGUGCCAGAGUGAGCUGGGCGAUAGAUGUUGGCGUUGCGACUACCUCUGCAAGCCAAACUCAAAGUUCUGCUUUCGUUGCAAUGUCAAACUGGUCAUGAUCGAGCUGCCGGACGCAGACUCCAUCCUGCCCAUUCCAGCAUUCCGUCCAACACAAGCAAACUCUGGCGGAUCCGCCUUGAAGAGCAAUGAUGACGCAGCUGCAAAGUUGUUGGUAGAUCGCGAGAGGAAGGCUGUAUCCAUAAAAUCAAUGAUAGCCAAUAUCAAUAAGACAUCGGAGCCAACUACUCCGCCUGCAUCGAUGGUCACUGGCGAGAAACAGAACUCAUUCAUCAAGACCAGGCUAUCAUAUAUACCUGCCAUGUCUGAUUCACUUGGUAACUACUCUGUGUAUUGCAAUUAUAAUCAAAAGUCAUUGGACAGUCUGUCCAGACUGCCACAGGUGGACAACUAUAUAUCUGAACGACCAGAGCUGCGAGGUCUCAACCUUCACUCAUUCCUCAUCAAGCCAGUACAGAGAAUAUGUAAAUACCCUCUGCUGCUGAGAGAGCUACUAAAGGCUACGUCUGCCGAUCAUCCAGACCAUGGACAACUGAUCCUGGCCGUAGCCAAGAUCGAGCAAAUCGUAAACCUAAUCAACAAGGUCAAGAUGGAGAAUGAGACAUGGCAGAGGACAAUGCAGAUCAUCCAAUCACUGAAAGGAUCAGAGAGUCUACAAUUGUCAAAGAGAACAUUGAUGAGCGAGGGCAAGAUGCAGAUGGUCGAGGGAUUCAACGAGAACUCAGACAAGAAGCUACAGCUCAAGUAUAAGAAGGGGUUCUACUUCCUAUUCAACGAUCUCUUCCUGUUCACCAAGCACAAGGGUAGCUCAUACAAGUUGGUCAAGAGCAUACCACUUGACAAUGUAAUAGUUCACAGCUGUAAUCAUUCAGAUAAACACUUUUUCACAAUAGUAGAGUUUGGAGUUGGCGGUGAGAGAUGGACAUUCUAUCCACCGACUGGUGGACAGGCAUUGGCACUCACAACGACAAUGCAAAGACUGAUCGAGAAGUGUUGGGAUAAUAGGUACGAUGGCGAACUGCAGCCCAAACCAAUGGGAAAUGCCAGUCCGGCGCAAUCACCCUCGCCCAGCAAGACAAAGAAGCUUCCCCGUCGACUGGUAAAGAGUUUGGUC